CUUGUGCUGAGUGUGUCUCCUCACCUUCGGCCAGACGAACAGGUCGUAACGCUCCAAGUGCGCUAGUCCUCUCCCGUCCAUCGACGUGGCCGCACCUCGUCUACCUCGUGCAGCCACGGACGUUAUUAAACAUUAUUUAUUCAAUUGUUAUCUUCAUAUAUUUAUUAUCAUCAACGUGAUUACAGUCUUCUGUAUCUGCAUUUUGGUUUUAUAAACUCAGUGAAAAAAAUCUAACAUAAUUUUAGUGGACUUUGGAAGUUUUCAGUGCGAGGACCGAUAAUGUGUUUGUGAUUUUAUUCUCAAAUUUAACGAGAUUACACUACGAAUUCAAGUAAUUAUUGUACUUACUGUCAGCUGGAUUCCGUCGUUCGAGUUAAAAAUAUUUUCUAAGAUGAAUCAACAGUGCAAAGUUUGUGGCGAACCGGCAGCGGGCUUCCAUUUCGGUGCAUUUACUUGCGAGGGUUGCAAGUCAUUCUUCGGGCGUACUUACAACAAUCUGAGCAGUAUAUCAGAGUGCAAGAACAACGGAGUCUGCGUGAUAAACAAGAAAAAUCGUACGGCUUGCAAAGCAUGUCGUUUGCGCAAGUGUCUGAUGGUCGGAAUGUCGAAAUCUGGAUCCCGGUACGGACGUCGCUCCAAUUGGUUCAAAAUCCACUGCCUCCUGCAGGACCAGGCCCAUAACAACGGAGCAGCGCCACCAUUUGGGCCCGGAUAUAUGCAGAGCUUCAUGUCAUCCCAGAUCCCCUCCGCGGAAGGAAAUUUCAAGGAAAAGGAGAUGGCGUCGCCCAGCGAAGAAGACAUGAACGUACAGAGGCAUAUCAUGCACCUCGCGAUGAUCAACAAAGAGCUUGAGCGCAGCAAUAAGUCGCCGCAUCCAGAUGACCUGGCGCUGCAACAUCGACUCAGAACGCUAGCCUGGCAACGGGAACACGAGCGACUGGCUAACCAGCAGCAACACCAGGACCCUGGAACACCACCACGUGAUACAACCCCACCUACGUCCUACAACUACAGAAACCCCGCAGUCUCUCCGUGCUCAGUAUACUCACCCGCUGCAAGCUAUGGGUCCAAAGAGAUGGCAGCCAGCCCUCCAGGAGUUUUUCGGCCGUAUCUUCCGGGUUUUAAACGGACCGCUGACACUCCCAGUGACAGCGGAGCUUCAUCAACAGACGGUGUGGAGUCCUGCAGUGAGUCCACUUGCUACGACUACAUCAAGACCGAUCCUACGACCAUUAAAAUGACCGCCUCUCUGGCACUUACUGCUGCCACAACCGCGUACCCACACAAUCAACUGGCCCUAGUCUAUCCGCCAGGUUUAGUCACCCCCGCAGCUUCUCAACACUCUCCUCGUGGAGGUGACUUGCUCCUUGUCAGCCCUAGCCCUGGUGGCCUCGCUGUCGAACAAGACGAGCCGAUAGACCUCAGUAUCAAAAGCACCAAAAGUUCACCCAGACCCGAACAAUCCCCUGUAGUUGAACACACGGAAAACGAAGCACGACCUGAAAUUAGUGAUAAUUCCGGCGAGGAACCGAGCACUAAGAGCAAACCUCUUGACCUCACGCUCACUGUCAAGAGGCCAGAAGUAACUCUUUCGAUGUAAUUUCAAUUAUUUUUUGGUAAAUUUAAAUUAAUAAUUUUUUUUUUUUUUUUUUUUCUUUUAUUCUUGAAUAUUUCGUGAGACAACGAGUGAGGCUGGACCCUACACACUGCAGGUCGUGGCUCAUGAAUAACUGUGUUCAAUGUGUAAAUAUAUAUAUUUUUAUGCAGCCAAUUAAUUUAUUGUAAUAGUUAGCAGAUUUUUAUUAUUAUUUUAAUUAUUAUUAUUAUUAUUAUUAUUAUUUUAUUAUUAUUAUUAUUAUUAUUAUUAUAAGUAUAUUAUUACUAUCAUUCUUAUAAUGGAUAUGGAUUUUUUUUUCAUUUAUGAGAAGUCCGAUCAUGUUGAGUAUAUUCACGGCCAGUAUGGUGACUUAAUAUAUAAAUUAAUUAAUUAUUUUAAAAAUGUACGUAAUAGUAAAGGAAAAAAAAAAAUUAUAGAAUUAAGAUUUAGAGUAAAGUAAAAUUUUUUUUAGAUUAUUUUCUAUACUGCAUUUAUAUGCACCGAGGGUUUUUUAAAUUGACAACAAAUUAUUUUGGUAAAUAUGUAGUUACGCUCUUUCCUGGUUUUGGUAAAGUUCUUUUCGUUUUAUUUUGGAAUUAUUCAAAUCAAGAUUUUCAAGUUGUCAUGUAAUUUUGAUACGUAAAAGUAAUGAUUCCAAAAUAAACAAUUAAGAACAUUUGUAAUGUCAAAAUCAGAAUUAUAUAGUUACCAAAAGCUUAAAGUAAAUUUUAAAAUUAUCAAUAAACACCCAUGUCGAAAUUUAGAGCCUAUAUAGGUCCCUAUAGCCCUAAAUAGAUCCGAUUUAGAGCCCUGUAGUCCUGUAGCUCCGACUUUGAACCCGGAGGUCCUAACAUUCACUGAGAGGUCCGAUUUUGAGCCUUCAAAUCCGACAAUAUUAGUCCCGUAAUAAUAAUAGGCCCUAAAUCGGACCUAAUUUUAAUUUUCAUCAGGUCCUAGAUUGAGCACGCAAGUGCCGAAAACGGAAAUUUGUAGCACCUCAGGGACCAAAAUCGGGCCUAAUUUAACAUAGAAACAGACUCUAUUUAGAGCCUCCAAGUCCGAAAUAGGUCCGACUUUAAAAGGCUCUAAAUGGGCUCUAAAUUUCGACUCGGGCAAUUAUUUAAAAUACUUUUAUUUGGCCGACAAAAGCAAAUUUAAAACUAAAUAUAAAUAUAUACUUAAACAAUUAUACAUAUAUUUGUUUUAUAUAAAAAUGUAAAUAAAACUGUUUACAUUGAUGUAAAUAGCAGGUGAUCUGAGAGGCCAGUAAGCGAAACAUUAAAAAAAAAAUAAUAAUAAUAAAUGAU